AAGUAACGAGCUCAGCCACAGUAAACAGCUAAUAGUCGCCAGUAGUGCAACGGCACAUGACUAAAGAGCGCUGUCUCAGUUAGUCUCACGCGAAUGUUUAAUUCGUUGUCAGCGAUAAAUCAUAAAGUGUUCGAUAGUUGUACGGUCCAAUAGUAAUUUUGACGCGCACCGUUCCUCUCGAGAUGAUAUCAGGAAAACAUUAGUGACGAAUAUAAAGUGUAAUAAAAGUACUCAAAACUGUACCCUUUAUCAGGGGCUUCAACAGUGUUUGAAGCAAAAAUCUUUUGAAAACAACCAAAAAUAUGGGCUGUGCAUCAUCAAAAUCCAAGUCGCCCAAACCAUCUAAUGGGGAAAUUACGGCCAAAGUUACCGGAGGCAAAUCGGAAGAGGAUGGAUAUGUGGAGGAUUACGUUUGCAACGAGCAUGACGUCGGCGAAAAUGAGAUGAAGGCCUUCGAGUUGGACGGGGGCAAAGUACUGGUGGUCAAACAGAACGGCAAGUUGUCGGCCAUCGGGAACAAAUGUUCCCACUAUGGUGCGUUGCUGUCAACCGGUGCACUGGGCGAUGGCAGAGUGCGCUGUCCAUGGCACGGAGCGUGCUUCAACAUCGAAACGGGAGACAUCGAGGACUUCCCAGGUCAGGACUCGGUACCGUGCUUCAAGGUCACCGUAGAGCAAGGGCGGGUUAAAAUCCGAGCAAAACGCUCGGAGUUGCAAUCCGGAAAGCGCACCAGAACAAUCGUGAAGAAGCUCGAAGAGGACGAUCGAACUUUCGCGGUGAUUGGUGGAGGACCAUCAGGUGCCAUCUGCGCGGAAACUUUGCGCCAAGAAGGAUUUACAGGCCGUAUCGUCAUGAUCAACAAGGAACCAACCUUACCGUAUGACCGAAUCUUGGUGAGCAAAGCGCUAGAUUUUGAGCUGGACAAGAAGCUGCUACGGGAUGAAAAAUUUUACGCAGAGAACGAUAUUCAGACCAUCACUGGAACGGAAGUCUCCUCUCUGGAUAGCGUUAAUCGACAAUUAUCGCUCAGUAAUGGCUACAGAAUUAAAUAUGACAAGGUCUACAUUGCGACGGGAUCGAAACCAAGGAAGGCUCCAAUUGACGGUGCUGAUUUGCACAAUGUUUGCGUUCUUCGAUCAAACGAAGACGCAAAGUAUGUGAACGGUCAACUUGGUCCCGACAAACACGUGGUGGUCCUCGGAGUAAGCUUCAUUGGGCUCGAAGCCGCAGCAUAUUGUGUAGGCAAAGCAGCUAAAGUAACUGUAAUUGGCCGAAGCGCAGUGCCGUUAAUGGAUUCUUUCGGCGAACAAGUAGGAAAGCGAGUGAUGGAUUUAUUCAAAGAAAAGGGCGUUAAUUUUGUAAUGAACUCUGGUAUCAAACGUUGUAUUGGCGAUGAUAAUCACAAACUAACAUCAGUUGAAUUGAAUGAUGGAACUGUUUUGGAAGCCGAUAUUUGCAUUAUGGGUGUUGGUUCUAGUUUGUAUACAACAUUUUUGGAAGGAUCAGGUAUAAAAUUGAACAAAAAUGGCUCCGUAGAUACCAAUCAUUUCCUCGAAUCGAAUGUCCAAGGUGUUUAUGUUGGAGGAGAUAUUGCUAAUGCACCAGUUUUCUGCAAUAAUAACGAACGUGCUUCGAUUGGUCACUACGGUUUGGCACAAUAUCAUGGCAAGGUUGCAGCUCUGAACAUGAUCGGAAGGACUACGGAAUUGAAAGCUGUUCCAUUCUUUUGGACUAUGCUUUUUGGCAAGGGCUUUCGGUAUGCUGGCUAUGGAAGACCUCACGAUACUAUCAUUGAAGGUGACCUCGAGCAACUCAAAUUUGUCGCUUUCUAUUUGGAUGCCAAUAGGAAAGUUAUCGGAAUGGCAUCUUGCGGGCAGGAUCCAGUGGUAUCUCAAUACGCCGAAUUUCUAGCACAAGGAAAAACACUUUUUGAAAAUCAUCUAAAACCGGAUCCAUUUGCCUGGACGAAGAGCACAUAAGCUAAUUUGUGGUAUUCGGAACGGUGCCAGCAGUAUUAUAAAUGGACCAAGUUAUUUCGUUCCAUUUCGAAACGAAUGCCUCUAUCAUGUUAAGUUGAAUCUGUAUUUAUUUGUUAUGUACAUAUGGAAGCCUAAAUAAAUGUUAUUUGCAUCAUG